CUUUGACCAUCGCCGAAGAAUCUUCAAACUAUGGCUUUUUUGCUAUCUAGAAUUUUUGUUGCCACCACUUUGAUGGUCCUUUUCUCUUCGUGGGUUUUUAUGGAUGGUGCGCAAGCGCAGGUCACUUUUUCCAGAGACUGGAACCCAGGAAAGAGGAACAUCGAAAACUUUAACGAAUUACGCGCUGCUUCCAAAUCGGUCAAUGCAAUAUGCCAUAUGUUAAUUAACCAAAUAAGACAAAUGGUAUCUGAAGAUGAACUUCCUGGUCUUUCUAGACAAUAAUUACCCAACUAAUAAUUAUAUAAUAGUUUUGUUACUACCGAGAAUUUGGACUGUUGAAUAGACGUCAUGGACAUGCUCUUGACGUCAAUUUGAAAGUCCAAAUGCUCAGUAGGAACAAGCCUAAUAUAAUUUAAUAUACAUAUGUUACAAUACACUAGAGGCUGGACUUAAAUAGUAUAAAUGUAGAAUAAAUU